AAAAAACGUCCCAACUUUUUCAGAAUUCAGGUUGUACUUCUUUUGUCACAUAAUGUUUUUUGCCUACUAUAUAGUAGGUAAGUUUGCGAUUUAAGAAUUACGUGUUCUUUUAUGUGUAUAUUUUAUGUUAUUUAAUUCAGGUUGAUUGGGAGACUUUUCCAAGUCAUCUCAAUGGCAAAAAGUGUCCCAAUCACCCUAAAUUCAUCCCAUAUACAUUAUGAUGAAUGAAAUUGCUUUAAACCUCAGUAAAUUCAUUUUUUAAAAAUCUAGUUUGGCCGAAAUAAGAAAAUUUAGGUUAACAAAUGUAAUACAUUUAAGUUACACAUACUAAAAAAAAAUUAAUUUGACCUAAACUUAUUUAAUUUGAAUUAGCUAAAUUAAAUUGUGUAAAAACUUUCUUCAAAUAAUUUUUGUUAUUUUUUAUUGAUUGAUUGAUUGAUUGAUUGUAGCUUUAAUAAUGUAGCUUUAGCUUAUGUAAUGUAGUGGAAACUCUCCAGUUUCCCCUAUGGUUAGUGCAUUUUGUUCGCUUUCUCAGCACUCUACCUCUGUUGAAAAAAAAAAAAAAAAAAAAAAUCAACAUUCACUCAGAGUUUGGACUGAAGCAGAGAUGGGCGGUAUUAACGUCUUACCACUGAGACAGAGACUCUUAUUUUCACAUUACAUGAGCGCAUCAGAAUGAAAACAUUGCUCAUUAGUUACUCACGCAAUGUUCUAGUGAUGUAAGGAACCUGACUCAAGCGGCCAACCAACGUGUCAGCAAUGGAGAACAUUUUUCGCCAAAAUGAACCAACAAAAUGAAGAUGAAGUCACACAGUCCUGGGGAAUCGGUUCUUUGGACUCGUAUGAAGAGUCACCGGUGUUUUCAAACUCUUCCGAGUUAAAUGGCACAGGAAUCGAGCCUCUCCACCUGUCCCGUGCCGUCCCCCUCGGCUUGGCUUUGGGGACAUUCAUCAUCUUCGCGGUGGCUGGAAACAUCCUGGUGAUACUGUCAGUGGUGUGCAAUAAGCACCUGCGAACUCCAACUAAUUACUUCAUCGUAAAUCUCGCUAUGGCUGACCUGCUCCUGGGCACUACCGUGUUACCCGUAUCAGCCACCUUGGAAAUAUUGGGUUACUGGGUGUUCGGGAGGAUUUUCUGUGAUGUUUGGGCAGCUGUGGAUGUGUUAUGUUGCACAGCAUCCAUCAUGAGUCUGUGCGUAAUCUCCAUUGACCGUUAUAUCGGAGUGAGCCAUCCGUUGCAAUACCCCAAUAUUGUGACGGGACGGAGAGCUUUGCUGGCCAUGCUUGGAGUUUGGGUCCUGUCUUUGGUCAUCUCCAUCGGACCUCUGCUGGGAUGGAAGGAACCUCCGUCACCGGACGACACGGUGUGCGCAAUCACAGAGGAACCUUUUUACGCGCUCUUCUCAUCACUCGGCUCCUUUUAUAUUCCCUUAAUUGUUAUUCUUGUCAUGUACUGCCGUGUUUAUGUAGUGGCUAAACGGACAACGAAGAAUCUAGAAGCUGGUGUGAAGACGGAAACGAUGAAUUCGGGUGAAAUAACGCUGAGGAUUCACAGGGGUUCACAGGUGCACGAGGACACCGGCGCUGCAGCCAAAAGUCGCGCUCAUCAGGCGAGGAAUUCACUGACGGUCAAACUCCUGAAGUUUUCCAGGGAAAAGAAAGCAGCUAAGACCUUGGGGGUUGUGGUUGGCAUGUUUACGCUGUGCUGGUUCCCAUUCUUCUUCACUUUACCAAUUGUCGCAUUCAACGUCAGCCUGCGGCCCCCUGACACAAUCUUCAAAAUCAUCUUCUGGCUUGGUUACUUCAACAGCUGCCUGAAUCCAAUCAUCUAUCCCUGCUACAGCCGGGAGUUCAAGCUAGCUUUCAUCCGCAUCCUGAAAUGCAGAUGUCACCGCAGGAGACGGCCAGGUUGGAGAGCAUACAACUACCAGGGCUCGCACAUUAACUCCUUCUACUCACGACAGGAUUCAAGGGACUCUGUGAAUUAUGGUAGUUACCUAAAUGGGAGCCAGAGAACCCUGUCCUCUGCCAGCCCCAGCCCUAGUUAUCAUACCAAAGGCCUAUCACAUUUCCAGGAGGAUGGACCCAGACAUGCCCGGAGCAGGACCCCUUCGGUGUUAUCUGAAAGUACUUUGGAUCAUCAUCUUGAGCCUGUGGAAGAACAUCCAACCCAGUCUGUAGGCCAUCCAGGUCAAGCUGGUAUCAGAAAUUGGACUCAAGAGCAAUUGAAAGAGUAAGGAUGUCAAACUUUAAGUGGAACUUUUUUUUUUUUUUAAUCGCCAUAAGUAUUUCUCUGGUCAUGAAUAAAUAUAAAGUCAUUCAUAAAAUGAAUGAAAAUCAUUCAUAUUUCUUUUUAAGCUAUUUCUAUUUAAAUCUGAUAUACAACCCCAUUUUCAGAGAAGUUGGGACAUUUUAUAAAAUGCAAUGAAAUCAAGAAUCUGUUGAUUCUCUUUAACCUUUUUUUUUUCCACAGACAAAAGUACAAAGAAAAGAUUUCCAAUGCUACAAAAUGUUCCCCAUCUGGAAAUGGGGUUGUACAACCUGGCGCUAAUGUACAGCACAGUGUGAAUACUCUGGUAUUCUUUAACAAACACAACAUUAAAGCAAUUUUGCUUAACUUUUUUUCAUCAAUUUCCAAUUAUAAAUAAUUCAUUAAUCAUUUUCAAGUUAUACAGUUGUCAUUGAUACUUUAAAAAGUUAAUACUUAAGCAAACUUAAAUGUUAUUUCAAAAUUGAUCAUAGAUUAAGUUACUCAGACUGCUUGAUGGUACAGACAGAAAAAAAAAUAAUUUUUGAGCAAAGGGAAGCUGAUAAAUUUAGCUAAAAUGGUUAGAAAAUUCUAACCUACUGGAAUGAGAAAAUGGUUCCCACAUCUCAAGAAUCUCAGAGAGGUUUAUUUAUUUAUGAUCAACAUAUGCAUUUCAGUGGCUCUGGAUAUAGACAAUGCACUGUACAAUUUAUUUACAGUCAUUUUUAAUACAUUUUCAUAAGCACCCAUUUUCGAGAAAGGGGUUUCUAUAUUUUUUGUUUUUGUCAGGCUACUCAAUGAAACCCCUUAGGAAAAUGUGAGAACUGGAUAUCAGUUUUCUCACUAUUCCCUUGAACACUUUACAUGAGGAAUGUAGAACAAGACUGCAAAAAUACAAAUUUAUACAACAGUCUUUAAACAGAAUCAACCUUUGACAUUCUCAAGCUGUAAUACAAGAACUGUUUUAAUAGUGUGAUUAGAAAUAGCAUGAUCAGUCCACAUCACUCCAACACUAAAUCCAAAGCAGAAACAAAUGGAUUUAGUAAAAAAAAAAAUAAUAAA